AUGUCCAUUAAUGGGAGGCACUCCGCCAAGUCCGCAACCUUGCUUCGGCUCACGCCAGCAGGACCAGGUGCCUGGUACGAACCCUGGGGUGGUCAUUACACUCGCGCGAGUAAUCCGCGAUGCUGUGAGGCCCUAAGCCAUGGAAGUGACCCUUCAGGGAAGCAAUUCCGCAGAGACACUUCCACCCUGGGGUGGCGUCGCCAGAAUACACCGUCCUGUUACAAGGAAUUGGGCUGUUUGGUGUGA